UUAUUGUAUUCUAGCUUCUCCUGUUGCUGAUUCCAGCCUAUCUACCAAUUGAUUUGAUUAAAAUAAGUGCAAGUGAGUUAUUGGUUAGUAAGAACCUAUAUAAAUGAACAAUCUGGAUUCUUUAAAGGAUAAUUCUACUCGAAUUGCAUGAAAUUUGCACUGCACAUGCUGCAUACAAAUCUAGUUAUAGGAACAUGGAUUUUACUCUGUGGAAGUCGGUGUUUAUUCUUUUAGUUACUCUAAACACAUUUACUACAGCAUCGGUUGAUCCCAAAUGCAUAGCUAAAGCAAACAGAGGCGACUGUCAAUUUUACCAAUGUUUUGAACAGCAGAGACAGUGUGGUAAAUCUGGUUAUCUUAUUGGAUAUGGCUACAAGUACUGUAACAGAUUCAAAAGUUUUUACUCCAGUUUUAGCACAGCUGGAAAAAAUUGGAUCAACUGUGUGAGGCCUUGUUUAACAAAAGCUCUGAUAGGAAAAUAUCAAGAAUCUUUGGGGCCAGGACAGAAAUGUAAACAAUUGAAGACGUCCGCCUUUGACACACAUGUCAAGUGUUAUCUGGAUUGUGGAUUCUGUAAGAUCUAUACAUCUAACCUUUCAGCAUUGCGUAAAGUUCUGAGUUUCACAGAUCUUCUUUCAGUAGAUUCAUUGAAACAAAUCAUAAAGGUUGGAAAAGAAUGUAUUUUGGGGUGAUACUGAAAUUAUUUAUCCAAUAAAGGAAUGCAUUCUGUA